AACAGCUUUGAUGGAUGUAAGUAAUGGAGGUGUGGAUCUGUUGCAUGGAGAAAGACUUCUUGACCUUGAGUGUGCGGAUGAUAUUGUCUUACUGUGCGAUAAUGCCCAAGGCAUGCAAUCCGCACUUAAUCAGUUGGCAAUUAUUGUCCGUAGGUACGGUAUGUGCUUCGCACCUUCGAAGUGCAAAGUACUUCUACAAGGCUGAUAGGAUCCUAAUCCUGUACUCACCCUGGAUGGUGAGCAGAUAGAAGUAGUCGAGAUGUCUGUGUAUCUAGGUAGCUACAUAAGUGCUGGUGGUGGAGUGAGUGAUGAGAUCAAUGCACGUAUAGUGAAAGCCAGAGUGGCUUAUGCCAAUCUGGGCCAUCUUCGGCGCCUUCGUCACGUUAGUCUGGCUGUAAAAGGUUGGAUUUACAACGCAACAGUGAGAGCAGUUCUGCUCUAUUCUUGCGAAACCUGGCCUCUCCGAGUUGAGGAUGUUAGACGAAUUUCCGUGUUCGAUCAUCGUUGUCUCCGAAGGAUUGUUGACAUCCAGUGGCAACACCAUGUUAGUAAUGCAGAGGUUCGGCAUCGUGUGUUCGGGCACAGAGAUGAUAAUGCAAUUGGUGUCACCAUCUUGGAACAUCGACUUCGGUGGGUUGGACACGUUCUACGAAUGUCGUUCCAGAGGAUUCCACGUCGUGCAUCAUUUGCCGACGCUGGGACUGGUUAGAAGCGGAAAGGUGGUCAGUGUAUGACACGGCAUCGUGGUAUAAAAGAAAGCUGCAAAGGUCUGGCUUGUGUUGGUCCUUCACGACUCCCUGGCUGGGGUCCGAGAGAUGGUGCAACACGGUGGCUAGAGACGUUAUCAGAUAUGGCUCAGAAUA